UUAAAGAACAGUGCGCGUAUGGCACUGAGGGACGUGGCCGGUGGGCACCGUGGGAAUGGGCUGGUGGUCGGGCUGGAUGAUCUCAGAGGUCUUUCCCAAACUUAAUGAUUCUAUUCUAGGAUUCUAACGAAAGCAGAAGCCUGCUGCCGCUCCAAAACGAAGCGAUAAUCGCGCCCUGCCCUCGCCGCCCUCCCCCAAGGCCCCGCUCCCUCAGCCGCCCCCUCCCACGCCUUGCGGCCCCGGGGCGGUGUGCGCACGCGCAGGGCCAGCGGCGGGAAACUGCACCGAAGGCGGCAGCGCGUGCGACCGGCGGCUGUGCGGCGGCGGCGCCACGCGGUGGGGGCUCCUGGUGGUUAAACGCGCUUUGGGCUCCUUCAGCGGGCUCUGAUUUGUGGCUGAAGGGAGUCUGUGGUGUUUCAGGGGCAGUCAUGAGUUCUGUCACGGGUGUUUGCAUGGACGAAGGCACGGAGAACGGAAAAGCUGAGGAUGUUGUGGGCUGUCACGUUGAAGAUGCCAUAACAUUUUGGGCACAGAAUAUCAGUAGCUGUAACGACCUCUUGAAAUUAAGUUGUGCUCUGGCAGAAGCUUGUCCUCGGGCUCAAGCAGCAUUUGGCAAGCUUGAUUUUAAUAAGAUUUAUGGUGGCUGUUUCUCUGAAGAUAGAUGUUGGUACAGAUGUAUGGUGCAGCGUAUGAUCAACAGUGAAAAGUGUCAGGUAUUAUACAUUGACUAUGGAAAUUCUGAGGUUAUAAAUAGAUCAGAAAUAGUUGAAAUUCCUGAAAACUUGCAAUAUCCAAGUGUUGCCAAGAAGUACAGGCUCUGGGGACUGCAGUUACCAGCUGAUCAGAACUUAAACAUGUUUGACCAGGGGAAGACGUUCUUGGGUAGCCUAGUUUUUGAAAAAGCAAUAAAAGUACGGCAGAAGGCCAGGCAGAAGGAUGAUAUCAUUCUUGUCCAGGCAGAAUGUGAAAAAGUAGACAUUGGAGAAGAGGUGGCCAAGGCGGGGUUUGCUGAAAAGUGCAGAUCUCCAGGAAGCACUGAAGAUGUGGAAAAGAGAGAAGAUGCCAUGCAAAACCAGCGUAAGAAGAUGAAAGCUCCUGCUCCUCUGUGGGUGAACAGGCCUGGUCACGUGCUGUGCAACCGUCCCAGAACAGUCUUGGACCCUGUAGCUGCCAGUGCAAGGAAUCAGGUUUUUGCUGGAAACCGUGUGAUUCUUACAAAAGACAAAACACCAGCUUCUGCCCCAGUGCUUAACAGAAGUUUGGCAUGUGUAAGAGAUCAGAACCUGGCUGAAGGGAGUGACAUCUUUGAAGAAGAGAAAGAAACUCAAAGAAAGGAGAAUGUAAAUCUGUUGAGAAGACAGAAGGAACUAGAACUGGAAGUUGAGCAUCUGAAAGGUGAACUUCAGACGAUUAAUCAAGAGAAGGAAGUAUCCAGGAAAACAGCUGAGUAUCUCGAGGAAACCCUAAAUAAGUACAUUGGAACAAAAAUGAAAGAUUUGGCUGCUAAGGUGAAGAUGUUGAAAGAAAUUAGGCGUGCAAAAAAGAAUGCAGGUUUUGGGGAGCAGCUUUCACAAGCCAUAAAAGUGGUUACAGAAGGAAAUAUCACUGUUCCGUCUUCCUUGGAAAAAUUGCAGAAGCUUUGGUCGGAGUAUGACUUGGCUCAGGAGAUGAUUCAGUUAUGCAAAAACGUGGAUGAAAGAGAUGAGUUGAUUAUAAAAAGAAAUGAGGUGCAGCAAAAUUUGUAUUCUGCAGUUAAAGAAUUUAUUUUGGAAGUGGAUCAACUGUUCAUCUGUGAACGCUCGAACAUACUACAGGAACUGUCUGUUUCUCUGGAGAUGAUUUAUGGUCAAGUUUGUGAAUUAAAUGAUUCUGAAGAGGUAUUUCAACAGUUCCUUACGUGGAAACAUGCUAAAAUAGAGGAGUUCAUUGAUAUUAGAAAUAAUACAGAUGCUGCUUUGCAGAUUCUCACUGACUUGUUCAGUGGCAUCCUAAAGUGUUUUGACCUGAGCUUAGAAGCAUCGUCUGAUACAGAGGAAGUUCCUGAUAAUGUGGAUGAAGCUCUCAAAGAAGCUGAGUUGUGUGUUUGCAAAGAGCUGAAGACAGACUUAACAGAGCAUGAUGAGAAAGAGAAAGGAAUAAUUAAGAGUGCAUACAGUAAAGUUAUGCAUAAAGUUCGUCAAGAGCAAAAUCUGAUCACAGUCAUACAAAAAACAUACUUGGCCAGUGUUGAGUUCAAAAAACAAGCUGAGGAAUGGCUGAAUAGACGACCUAAUUCUGACAACUUAUUAUCAAUCAAAAAAACCGUGAAAAGUUUGAAGGCCCAGUUGAGAUGGAAGUUGACUGAGAAGAACAACCUUGAGGAAGCUGAUGAUUACAGUGAGCUUGAAAUUACAAGAAUAAAAGAAGAAAUUGCUGCUCUGCGAAAUAAGCUUUUUCAGGAAAUAUAUAAGGAACGAGAAGAAUAUGAGAAACUUGCAUAUUUAGUACAGAAAUGGUUCCCUGAGCUGCCCCUUCUGUAUCCAGAAGCAGGAAUUCUAACCUACAUGAAUUCAGGUGGGCUUCUAUCGCACAGCCUGGAGCGAGACCUUUUAGAUGCUGAGCCCAUGAAGAAACUGAGCACAAAGCGGCCAUUAGUGUGUUCAGAAAUUCAGGAUCAGAAGGUUCUUCUAAAGGGAUAUUCUGUAGAUGUGAGCUCAGAAGCCAAAGUGAUAGAGAGAGUUGCCAAGUAUCACAGAGCCUGGGAUCAGCAGAAGGAGAAAUCCAGUUUAUUACAACUGUUGUUUCUUCUUUUCUGCAAGUCUGAUCCUCUGGUGUAUUUAAUGGUCCCAUACUACCCUGGAGCAAGUCUGACUGUUGUACAGGCUGAUGCACCUUUAACUUUAGAAGAGACAUUAAAAGUGAUGAAAGGAGUGGCACAAGGUCUGCAAACGUUGCAUGGAGCUAAUAUAGUACAUGGAUCUCUGCAUGGAAAUAAUGUUUUUGCUGUGAAUCGAAAACAAGGAAUUGUUGGAGACUUUGACUUCACUAAAUCGGAGGAGCAACGUGCUGCUGCAGACACAAUGGUUAUUGGUACCCUGAGCUUGGUUUCUCCUGAACUGAAGAUGGGACAGCCAGCUUCUCCAGCCUCUGACAUGUAUGCCUAUGGCUGCCUUCUGUUCUGGCUUUGCAUUCAAAACCAGGAAUUUGGCAUAAAAGAAGAUGGAACACCUGAGGUGGAUGCAGUUGGCAUGGAUGAUAAAGUUAAAUCUCUUAUCCUGAAUUUGUUCCGCUGUGACAGACUGACAGCUGAGCAGGUGCUGAGGGAUGAUUGCUUCCUCUUAGUUGAUGCCAUUCCAGUUCCUUCACAGCUAGGUGAAGAGCAUGAGCUGCCUGAGGAACAUGAUUCUGAGAAGACAGAUGAAGAAGAUGCAGUUAACUCCAAGAAGAAUGCAGUAAACCCUACCCAAUAGACAAGGAACUUGUCCAUGAGGUGUCUGACACUUGUUUUUUGUUUCAUUUUGAGAUAAGUUGUCCUGAUUUAAAAUCUCAAAAUAUAAAAGGUUUGGUAGGCACGGUCAUGUUUUGUGAGGUUUAUAUAAUCUCUGUUUUCUUUUAAGUACAUAGUCUAAGAGCUCAGAAAUGUGAUUUUUCCUUAAUUUGUUACCCUUUUCUUUGCCUGUUAUGUAGGCUUUGCACUUAUGAAGUAUAGUUUGUUAAUGCCAGAAGUAUUUAAGAUUGAGGUCUAGUGACUUUUGUAUCCAGUUUUCUAUCCCUCUUCUUGCUGCAGUUCCAGAAAACAUGUUCCUGCUAGAGAUACUCUAGGGUGUUACCUUUUCAGUUAAGUUUUUUGUUACUGCAGUCAAAGUAUUUCCUACUGUAACUGUCCUCAGGAUUUAAGAAGAAAAAAACAACAGCUUCCACAACUGGUCAGGAAGAUAGGAAGCAAGCUGCCUCUUUUCUCUUUCUGCACUAAAAGAUUUCUAAAUAGCAAACAUUGUUUCAGUUGCUCUUUCACAGUGUUGCUGUGCUAAGUGGAAUACUGUCACACAUGUUGCAGUAAUCACUGCUUAUCUGCUCCACUGUGUAUAUCGUCUGUUCUUAGGUAUUGUUGACUGUAGUUUGGCAUUUUGAGCAUGUUUUCUUGCCUGCAGUGCUUUUCUGUUAGCAUUGAAAGAGUUUUGUUAGCUCUUUAUUUUAAUAGGAAACUGUUGCUUAUCUAUAGUUCUCCUCCUUUCUUGGGAGGGAGAAAGGUUAAUGUUCAGAGUUUCUGUAGCAAUGUAUUUAGCCUCUGGGUGUUGCUCUUGGACAGUGCUGUUGGCAGACUAGUAUUUUGCAGAGGAAUUAUUGAAGAUGCGUGUUGUCAGAUGAAGAAUGUAAAAAAUUGGUGUGUAAUGGGCGAGAUGCAGCAGCAGGGAAACCAGGAAGCCCUCAGGUACAAUAAUAGUCAACAGCAGAAUAUAUCAUUCUGGCAGUUCCUUCUGUGAUAACAGGCUGGCUUGCCUGUGCCACUGUUCUUUACUCAAAGUAGCAUGUAAAAUGCCCAGUCCUAUUUUCAUUGAAUUGUAAUGAUUUUUUAUUUCUAGUGUGUAUGUAAUGAAUGUUAUUAAAAUACUUGUUAAAAUAAUUUGGACUUCUUGGUUAGUGUGAUUAAUGUAUUUCUGUUACUGAAAUCACGGAAGACUAAUUCCUUCCUUUUUGUUGGUGAAAACAACAACUGUAAGCAGUUCUAUGGGAUGCUUUCCAAAUGCUGACUGAAGCCUUUUGCUGUUGAUAAACUCUAACUUUAAUAUUAAACACUGAACACAGUUUGUAACUCUUACUUGAUGUUCUGUCAUUUAAUAAACUUUUGCCCUGUUUUCUGCACCUGCUUUCUCUGCGCAACCUAAACUGUACUUAAAUCCCCCAAUUUC